CACUUGACAAAGUGCUUCAGCUUAGAAUUUCUUAAUUGUUUGUUGCUAAAAUGUUACUGUACACCACCAAUGAUGCAAAUAGACAGGGGAAUAAAGAGUACUUCUAGCAUGAAGUACUUUAUUAUAUGUCUCAUCCAUAUACCAUUAAACUAACCUAUUAUUGCCGACUAAAACUACAAGAAAAAAAUAAAAAUCACCUCCUUCGACCGCCACGCUGCCAUGGUCCUCGCCACCUAACUAGGACAGCACCACCCCGCAGAAACUCCACUCGGUCAUUGUCACCACUGGUUCACUUGUGCCGCUGACAAGGUAAUCGCUGCCACCGACGUCGCGCAUGGCCAUGGGCGGUGAGGACAUCGAUGCACGCGAACUACGGCGGAGGACAAUGGCGCGGUUCUUAGAGGAUCUUGGAUUUGCGAGCCUUGAGGCGAGAGAAGCGAUCGAUGCCGCCACCGGCACCGGCCCCAUCCACCCCUCCUACAUCGCCGCCACUAGCGUCGCGCAAGGCAACGGGCGGCAAGGACGUCGACAGGUGCAAGCUACGACGGAGGACGGUGGCGCGGUUCUUAGAGGAUCUCGGAUCUACGAGCCUUGAGGAGAGAGAAGCGAUCAUCGCCGCCACCGGCACCAGCCCCAUCCACCCCUCCUACAUCGUCGCCACCAGCGUCGCGCAAGGCCAUGGGCAGCGAGAACGUCGACGCGUGCGACCUGCGGCGGACGAUGGUGGCGCGAUUCUUGGAGGAUCUUGGAUCUGCAAGCCUUGAGGAUAGAGAAGCGAUCAUCGCCACCACCAUCACCAGCCCCAUCCACCCCUCCUACAUCGUCGCCAUCGGCGUCGCGCAAGGCCAGAGGCGGCGAGAACGUCGACGCAAGCGAGCUGUGGCGGAGGAUGGUGGCACGAUUCUCACCGUCAGGGUUUGGAAGAAAAUCAAACCUUCCGGUUGCCAGUUACAAAUUUUAGCCAUUCAAUUUUUAAAUAAUAUAUCCAAUGGUAAAAAUUAGUGUUUUAUCCAUGUACUACACAUGUUAGAAUUUUCCAGGGAAUAAAUCCUCCGUAUACUAAGUAGAAUAAAAAAGUUUUAGAUUUUUAAGUAUGAA